GCACCACUCCAAGAAUGUCAAAAUUCGUUCAAAGAAAGAAAAAUAAUAUGAAAUUUCCACUUCUUCUUCUUCUUCUUCCUCCUCUCUUCCUCCUCAUCCUCUCCUGCUCUGCUUUGUCUGAUCAGCAACGCAAGGUUUAUGUCGUUUAUCUAGGAGAGCACAAAGGGCUCAAAACCAGUGAAGAAAUCUUGGACGACCAUCAUUCCCUGCUCCUCUCCGUGAAGAACAGUAAAGAGGAGGCCUUGGAUUCCGUAGUGUACAGCUACAAGCACACCAUCAAUGGCUUUGCUGCAUUGCUCACUGAAGAGGAAGCCAGGAAACUAUCCAAGAUGGAAGGGGUGGUUUCUGCCUUUCCUAGCGAAGGCAGGCUCUCCCCACACACAACCAGGUCAUGGCAGUUCAUAAUGCAGGAAGAAGGGUUCAAAAUUUUCGACAGUACUGACUGGGUGCAAAAGCCUAAAAAGGAUGUCAUUAUUGGCAUGCUGGAUUCAGGUAUAUGGCCAGAGUCUGAGAGCUUCAGUGAUAGAGGAAUGAGUCGUUCUCCAAAACACUGGAGAGGAAUCUGCCAAGAAGGAGAUGCAUUCAACUCUUCUCACUGCAAUAUGAAGGUCAUUGGAGCUCGGUUCUACGUGAAGGCGUACGAGGCGUACCACGGCGCGCUAAACCGCAGCACCGCCUUCCGCUCCCCCCGCGACAACGACGGCCACGGCACCCACACGGCUUCUACUGUCGCCGGCCGCGCCGUGGCCGGGGUCUCCGCCCUUGGCGGCUUCGCCCGCGGCACCGCCUCCGGAGGCGCCCCCUUCGCCCGCCUCGCAGUCUACAAGGUCUGCUGGCCCAUCCCGGGCCCCAACCCCAACCUUGAGAACACCUGCUUCGACGCCGACAUGCUCGCCGCCUUCGACGACGCCGUCGCGGACGGCGUCGACGUGGUCAGCGUCUCCAUCGGCGCCGUCGGGGCCCCGGCCCACUUCGCCAACGACGGCAUCGCCAUCGGCGCGCUCCACGCCGCGCGCCGCGGCAUCGUGGUAUCCUGCAGCGCCGGAAACAGCGGCCCGAUGCUGUCCACCGUCACCAACCUCGCGCCAUGGAUGAUCACCGUCGCCGCCAGCAGCAUCGACCGCGCCUUCGAUUCGCCGGUGCUCCUCGGCAACGGCGUCUCUAUCAUGGGCCAAACUGUGACGCCGUAUACAUUGAAGUCUUCAGUUUCUUACCCUUUAAUCUUCGCCGGCGACGCCGUGGUACCGGGCACUCCGGCCAAUGUUUCCGGGCAAUGCCUGCCAAAUUCUCUGGACGCCAAAAAGGUUAAAGGAAAGAUCGUGACGUGCCUGAGGGGGGCAGGUCUCCGGGUGGCCAAAGGACUGGAGGUCAAGAGGGCCGGCGGCGCCGCCAUCAUACUCGGCAACUCCGUCCCCAACGGCAACGAGAUCCCCGUCGACGCCCACGUCCUCGCCGGCACCGCCAUCUCCUCCGACGGCGCAAUCGCCCUCCUCGAAUACAUCAACAGCAGCUCCAACCCGACCGCCAAGAUCGCCCCGGCUCGGACCGUCUUGCAGGUGUCGCCGGCGCCCGUCAUCGCCGGCUUCUCCUCCCGCGGCCCCAACCGGAUCGCGCCCAACCUUCUCAAGCCUGAUGUAGCUGCGCCAGGGUUGAACAUCCUUGCGGCAUGGAGCGGGUCAUCUUCUCCGACGAAGCUCGAGGAUGAUCGUCGGCGCGUCAAGUACAACAUCUACUCGGGUACCUCGAUGGCAUGCCCCCACGUUUCCGCCGUCGCCGCCCUUCUCAAGUCCAUCCACCCUAAGUGGAGCGAAGCCGCCAUCAGAUCCGCCAUCAUGACCACCGCCACUUCCGAGGAUAGCCUAGGCAACCCGUUGACCGAUGCAUCGGGCCAAAUAGCGGGCCCAUUGGUUUAUGGGUCGGGCCACAUCCGUCCUGAGCACGCGUUAGAUCCGGGUUUGGUGUACGAUGCCUCCUACGAGGAUUAUCUUCUCUUCGCCUGCGCCAAUGCCGGGGCUGCUUCGCUAGACCCCGCCUUCCGCUGCCCGACGAACACAAAUGAAUAUCCCUUUGCUCUCAACUACCCGUCCAUCGCCGUCGGGACUCUGUAUGCGCCGGUGACGAUCAAGCGAACGGUGACCAACGUGGGCAACGGCUCGGCCCUCUACCGCGUUUCGGUCGUGGAGCCCAAAGACGUCGCCGUGGAAGUCGUCCCGACAGUGUUGAAGUUCAAAAAGAUCAGACAGAAGAAGCGAUUCACCGUUACCCUCUCAGCGAGGGGGCGAUUCAACGUCGAUUAUGAGGAAGGCUCUUAUACUUGUGAUACGUCGUGUCGUGUGAUUGCGAAUCUGAAACCAGCGAAGCUUUGGAUCUUUUCACUUCUCCAAUAUUUUCUCGAAGAUUUUUAUUCAAAGUUGCUAAGAUUCCGUGACCGAGAAGCUUCGGGCUCGCUCCUCGCUUUACCCUGCAACGGAGUCGAGCAGACUGCGACAACACAAUCCAAGCUCGAGCGUGUCGCGCGAACAAACCAUCACCCAUCAUUUCUCUCAGCAAUUAAUUGCGGUGUGGAGUAUCUAUAUACCGACGGUUCACUCGGCGAUGCGUCCUUCUCCUCCGGACAAAAGCAGACCAUCAAGAGCUCCACCUGCAGCUGCCUCUAAGGAACUCUCACAUCCGACAUCACAACCGGCCGUACGCGCCACGACAAAAGACAAACGAGUUAAAUAUAAAGCAUGGGAAUCGACUCAUGGAGCAAAGGCUGCCAUGCACGCGCUUGCCCUCAUCAGGUUGCAUGCGACCUCUCUGUUAAUUUAAAGUGAGCAAAUGUUGCCAAAUCCAUGUAAGUUAGUUCGAGUGCCCAGGGCUGCUUGCACUGGAGAGGUGCUUCUUUGUUCGGAGGAAGAACCGGAGGGAGGGAGGGAUCAUAUGAUCAAAUGGGGAGAGGGAGAACGGAGAUAAAGAGGAUCGAGAACCCCAACCAGAGGCAGUCCACUUUCUAUAAAAGAAGGGAUGGCCUGUUCAAGAAAGCAAGGGAGCUCUCUGUCCUCUGCGACGCCGACCUCCUCCUCCUCCUCUUUUCCUCUUCCGGCAAGCUCUAUCAGUAUCACUCCCCCUCUGUUCCCAGUGCCAAGGAGCUGAUAGAAAGGUAUGAGUUGGCUACCCAAACAAAGAUUUGGAGAGACUAUAUCGUGGACCGCAAUGCGGAGAUUGUGAAGGUGGAGCAACUGUGUGACGCUUUAGAAAAGCAACUCAGGUUCAUGAAGGUCGACGAGGGACAAGAGUACUCUCUGCCUGAUUUGAGUAAUGUGGAGCACAGCUUGGAGAUGGGCAUCAGCAAGGUUCGAGUUGAGAUGGAGAGGAAAAUAGGAGGGCAGAUGAACAAGCUGGAAAGCAUGGUAAGAGAUCGGCAACAAGAAAGAUACGGACUCUGUGAUAAGCUUGCAAGUGUGCAGACACUUAAAGGGAUAGAAGCAAAUGGAUAUGCCUCAUCGACCCCAAGACUGGAACUGAGAUUGGGUCUAAACUAAUCGACGUUUUGGAGGCAAAUUGAUUUUAUUCUGGCUUCCUUGUUUGAUGGAGGAAAACACAAUGAAUUCCUUGAAUUAACUAAUGCUGUAUUGUCUAAUCUGUUUUCUGUUAUUAAAGUUGUGGUUUGGGGAAGUUUGUAUUUACUUUUAUGCUCAGCUUUCGAUCAUGGAGCUCUAGACUAUCCUUGCUGAUUGUGAACUUUGCAUGCCA